GCCUUUGACAUCACGCGGAGGGGCCCAAGAUCUGCAUCUCGAUAACUUUAGCUCUCUUUUGCAUCGCAUCACAUGCAGCCACCAUUGAUUGAUUGGGCCUCUGUAAAAAGUUACACUGUGAGAAGCAAGCCACACCGACAAGCUGCAAAGUCGGAAUACCUAUCCUUGUUCGUUCGUUAUAGGAGAGGUUUAUAUACGCGACAAUGGACAAGUUGGAUGCCAUUUUGGAGCGGGCUGUCGCCGACGGGGAGGACACCAAGAACAAGCUGCUUGGAGCCGCAUUUGUAGUGACAGACCGAAAUGGCGUCAUCUACUCUGGCUCUGCUGGGCGAACGGGCAUUGACGCCAACUCGUCCAAAUUCGAUGGCGACACUCUCACCUACGGUGCUUCCAUUACCAAGCUCCUCUCCGCGACCUGCAUCAUGCAGCUGGUUGAGCAAGGCAAGAUUUCGCUGGACGACAACAUGCGGCUGCUUGUUCCCGAGCUGGACAAGAUGCAGAUCUUGCGGGGAUUUACUGCCGAGGGGCAGCCCGUGCUGGAGGACAAUCCACGGCCCAUAACACUCAAGCAGCUGAUGGUUCACACCGUCGGUCUCCACUACGACGUGGCAGACCCGAAUCUGCGUCGAUGGUCCGAAGCCAUCGGUCGCCCAAUUGGAAUGACGAUUCGCAUGUCCAGAGACGGCUACAACACGCCGCUCGUGUCCCCCCCCGGCGACGGCUGGGCCUACGGGUCUGCGCUGGACUGGGCCGGCAUCGGCCUGGAGACGCUGGAGAAGCAGAGUCUCGGCGAGUACAUGAAGCAGCACGUCCUGGAUCCGCUCGAGAUGCACGACACGGGCUUCCGCGUCAGGCAGCUGCCUCACACCGGAGGUCGACGGGCAGAGGUGGCCAUCCGCGACGCCGCCAGCGGCUCGCUAUCGGCCCUCGACAUUGUGCCGGAGGAGCCCGAGAUGGACAGCGCCGGGGCGGGCAUCCACACCACGGCCAAUGACUAUGUCCGGCUGCUGCGCGCGAUGCUGCAGGCCGAGCCGGGCGUGGUCUCGGCGGAGACGGCGCGGAUGAUGUUUGCGCCGCAGCUGGAUGAUGGGCAGCGGACGAUGAUGAGGGACGUUGUCUAUGGUGAGGGGGCGCGGGCUGCGUAUAUCCCUGAGUUGCCGGAUGGCGUGGCGCUGCAGUAUGGGUAUGGCGGGAUGGUGACGAUGGAGGAUGUUGCUGGACUGAGGAGGAAGGGCAGUCUGUCGUGGAGUGGAGCGUGCAGUUCGCGAUGGUGGAUUGAUCGGGAGUCGGGCAUCGCGGCGGUGCUGAUGGUGGCCAUGUUUCCGUUUGGCGACCCGGUGUCGUCGCGGCUGUAUGCGGACCUGCAGCGGGCUGUGUACGGCGAGCUUGUCCAGUGAAGAAAGCAGAUGAUGCCUUACAAGCACUGCAAGAUGACAAGAUGAGGCUCAUUCAGUGCAGCAGUAUAAAUAGAUAGAGCACGGCCGUUGAUACGGGGUGAACCCUGUCGCUGUGCUCCGUAAUGGAAAACCCCGACUGCUAGUGCGCGCGGAUCCUCCGCCUUUUGCUCGCGAUCUGCCCAUGUCCCC